AUGCACAUUAAGAAAAUUGUCAUUCAAGGUUUUAAGACGUACAAGAAUACAACAGUGGUUGACGAUUUGUCCCCGAAGUUCAAUGUUGUUCUAGGGAGAAAUGGGUCCGGGAAAUCCAAUUUUUUCUCGGCUGUACGCUUUGUCUUGUCAGAUGCUUACACAAACAUGAGCAGAGAUGAACGCCAGGGACUAAUCCAUGAAGGUCUGGGUACUGUAAUGCUGGCUUUCGUGGAAAUAGUAUUUGACAACGGCGAUGGGAGAUUUCCAAUUGGUCGCAAUGAAAUUUCAAUACGUCGAACGAUUGGUCUAAAGAAAGAUGAUUACUCGUUAGAUGGAAAACUGGUUAAUCGCUCAGACGUGGUGAAUUUAUUGGAGUCUGCAGGAUUUUCCAGAUCUAAUCCCUACUAUAUUGUGCCUCAGGGUAAAAUUACAGCUCUCACCAACUCAAGAGAUUCAGAUAGACUAAAACUUUUGAAGGAAGUUAGUGGCGCAUCGAUCUUUGAACGUAAACUCAAAGAAUCCAUGAAAGAGAUGAAAAAUAAUGAUUACAAAAUUGAACGAAUUGACGAAGCAUUGGGAGCAAUCAACGUCCGUCUCGCGGAUUUGCAGAUUGAGUCAACUGAUCUACAGAGAUUUCAAGGGCUUGAAAAGUUACGCAAAAUCUAUGAAUUCAACUUAUACGACCGUGAACUCCGCAUGUUGCAUCUGCUGAUUUAUACCUUCGGAGAAGAAUAUUUGGAGAUUAUGAGACAUCUCGAUGAAAACUUGAAAGAUUUAGAGCUGCGUGAGAAUCUCUGUCUGGAGCUCACGCAUACAAUUAAUGAACUAAAGACGCAACUAUCGAUCAACGAUCUUGAAAAGGAUCAACUCAAGUCGGAGUUUGAGGGGCUUUUAGCGGAUGUUACUGUCAAGAAAGUUACUUUGAGCGAGUGGAACGACGCGCUUGCCUUGAAAGAGGAAGGCAAAACUACACGAAUUUCGACGGAUAUUGAAAAUGUUUUACACAAAUUGGAAGAUAAUGAGCGUUCAAUUGCCGAGCUUAAACCAAAACUCGAGCGGUUGCGGAACGAAGAAAGCAACUUAAAGGAAAAGUUAAUGGUUGCAUCUUCUACUCGACGCAAUUUAUACUCGAAGCAAAAUCGCUUCAAAAAGUUUACACAUAAGGAAGCGCGUGAUGAGUGGCUUCAAACUCAUAUUGUUCAAGUUGAAAGCAACAUGGCCAAAAAAACCAGGCUCCAUUCUGAAGUCUCCGAGGAAAUAUCCAAAGCUCUUAAUGCCAUUGAGUUAUUGCGUAAUGAAAAAAACGCAUUGGAAGCGGAAGUUGACGACUCUGCAAGCGCACAAGCUAAAGAUCGCCUUUCAAAACGCCUUCAGGAACUCCGCACAAGCAUGGAUAAGCUUGUUGAUAAAAGAAAACAAUUAUGGAGGGAGGAAGUUCGCUAUAAGGGUUUAUGCGACUCUCUCAUGAAUGAUGUCAAUAAGAGCAAACAUAUGGUCAAUCAAACCAUGUCUAGACAGCAAGCCUUAGGUAUUGAAACCGUGCGGCGUCUUGCAAAUGAAUUGGACCUUACUGAUAAAGUGUUUGGAACCGUGGCUGAAUUACUCACGGUGAGCGAUAGGUACAGGGUUGCAACUGAAGUGAUUUUGGGAAACGCAUUAUUCGAUAUCGUGGUCGACACUGAUGCAACUGCGACCUUAUUGAUUGAUAAAAUGAGUCGUGCAAAGAUCGGUCGAGUUACUUUCAUCCCACUUACACGUGUACCACGGGCGACAGGUGUAAAUUUCCCGCAAACCCAAAAAUGCACUCCUCUCAUUGGGAAAUUGAACUUUGAUGGCAAGUUUGAGAACUUGAUGCAACAGCUAUGCGGCAAUGUAGUUGUUUGUGCCGACCUCGGAAUUGCAUCGGAGUUAGCUAAAGCUUACAAGUUAAUCGGUAUCACCAUCGAUGGCGAUCGAGCUGAUACGCGUGGGGUUAUCUCUGGGGGUUAUCGUGAUCACAAGAAGUCUAGACUCCAAGCUCUUCAGUUGGAAGCCAAGAGUAAGGGAGAUUAUGCGGAAGCCUCGCAAGCGUAUUCAAGUUUGAGGAAGAAUAUUGACGAAGUUCUGGCAGAGUUGACAUCAUUACACAACCAGCAUCAAUUGGUUAGCAGAGAAUUGAAUCAGUUUGAUGAAUCAAGAGAACCUAAGAGGUUAGAGUUGGUAAGAGUAAAAUCUGAAAUUGUCAGCGCGGAGCAAAGUCUUCAAGAUCUACGCUUGCAAGAAGGAUCAUUGAAACUGGUCAUGACAACCUUGAGCAACACUUUGCAGGAGUACAAAGCUGAGUUAACCAGUGAUUUUGAUAAAGCAUUGAGCCCUGCUGAAUCCGAGCAGAUUCAAAGACUCACCGCCCAAAUCGAAGAUUAUGAAUCUCAACUAGAUGAAGUCGUAUCUGAAUCUAAUAAAAUGGAGGAACUGAUGCUGUCGUUCGAAACAGAAAUUCUGCGAAUUUUGCAACCGAAACUACAAAAGUUGUACGCAAGGCAAGCUGAGCUCGAAGUAACUAUAAAGCUGCCUUCAGAGAUUGCAGAUCUCGAACUGCACCUAUCAGCUUUGGAAAAAAAGAUUGACGACACUAAAGAUCGUCUCAUGGUUGUUUCAAAUGACAGUGAGAAAUUGAAGAAGGAAAUAUCCACUUCCGAAGAGAACUUGAAUAAACUGAAUGCGCUCCAGCUCAAGAUGAUUGCUCUGAUUGAAGAAUUAACUAAAACUUCUGGGAUUAUGCUUAGUAAAAAAGCAACUCUCGAACAACGGCAGGAUGAACUUAAUGUGAAAGUCCGCGAACUUGGAGUUCUACCAGAGGAAGCGUUCAACAAAGAGACGUAUGGACGAGUCAGCUCAAACGACAUGCUCAAGGAACUCAAAAGUAUCAAUGAAAAACUUGUUGAAUUUUCCCAUAUCAACAAGAAGGCUUUGGAACAGUUCCACAAUUUCACUCGUCAAAGUGAAGAUCUCAAUGCGCGUCGUGACGAGUUAACAACGGCUAAAACCCUGAUUGAAAAAUUGAUGCUGGACUUGAAUCAUCAAAAAGAAACAGCUAUUAUAACAAGUUUCCAAAAAAUUGCUGAAGCAUUCACCAAAAUUUUCUCCAAGCUUGUGCCGCGCGGUUCCGCUCGGCUAGAACUAGCCCGGCAAAGUUCAGAUUCAGCUACCGAGGAGUCUCAUGAUUUGACUGGAGAAGAGUUAAUGGAGAACUACCUGGGGGUUUCCAUAAUUGUUUCAUUUAACUCACAGCAGGACGAGCAGCAACAUAUUGAACAACUUCUGGGUGGUCAAAAGUCGCUAUGUGCAAUCGCACUAAUAUUCGCUAUACAGAUAUCAGACCCUGCUCCAUUUUACUUACUAGAUGAAAUCGAUGCCAAUUUGGAUCAACAAUAUCGCUCAUCGGUAGCGCUCAUGAUCAAAAAGCUUUCCAACGAUGCACAAUUCAUUUGUACAACUUUCCGACCUGAAAUGAUACAAAGCGCCGACAAGUUUUACGGUGUCAUGUACUCCAACAAAGUCAGCACUAUAGAGGAGGUCAGUAAGGAGGAAGCAUUGAACUUUGUUGAUAUAUAA